UGAGUUUCCGGCCAAAUAUCGAACAUCGAGUGAAUGAAUUGACUGUCGGCGUUCAUCAUUUUUUUUUCGCGUCGCCAUCUUUUUCACACGUUUCUGUUUAUUUUGUUAGUUUUGUUAGUUGUAUAUUAUUUAUAACAGUGUACUUAACGUUAAGGUGUUGCUUACAUUUGUUGCAUCUGGGUUUUGGCUUGCAUCUUAGGAUAUAGCACCAUGGCUCUUAGUGACGAGCUGGCUCAAUUAAAGCUCCGUAGGGGCUAUGUAAAGGGUGCAAUAACUCGUGAAGAAAGUUUUUGUAACAGCGAAGAAAUUGUGAUCGCGUCUAGUGAGUUGCUCACAGAGCGGCGCAGUCGCUUGGCGAAAAACUUUGCCUCUUACGAGGACCUUAACAAGAGUAUUUUGUGCAUAAAUCCAAAGGACGAUGAAGACCCAGUUGUGUAUGAAAGAAUUCAUAGAUUUUUUGGAGUCCAGAGCGUUGGCCAGGGAGAAUGCAAUGGAAACAAUGCCUGUGAGUACUCCCAGUAGUGUGAAGCCUGGCAAGCCUGCAUGUAAUACAGCAGCAGCAGUCUCAUGUAAGUAUUGCAAUACUAAUCAUAGAUUAUACAUGUGUGCCAAAUUUAAACUUGCUGCUGAUAAUGACAAGGGUCAAUUUGUUAAAAAACAUAAAUUAUGCAUUGUUUGUUUGAAUGCGCAUGGUGGUAAAUGCAAGCUGCGUUUGAAAUGCUCUAUCUGUCAGCAACGGCACAAUACGCUUCUGCAUGGUGUGGAAAUGGCUAAGAAGGAGGCGAGCAAUGUCGCCACUGCCAGUUCUACUGCCGCAGUGCCCUGUGCUGAUGUCGGAAGGUCUGACAGUGCAGUAGCUAUGUCAAGUACCUCGCCUGUGAAGGAUGUGCUGCUACCUACCGCUAUAGUGCGUAUUAUCACCAAAAAUGGUACAUUUAUCCAUGCACGCGCUUUGCUGGACACGGGUAGCCAGGUAUCUUUUAUUACAGAAAAGCUUGCUGAUCAAAUUGAUUGCAAGAUUACACCGGCAAAUCAGCUCAUUACAGGUAUUCUACAAGGCACUAGUAAUAUGCACCAGAGGGCAAAUUUUGAUAUUUAUGCUGCUAAUAGCAACUUUAAAUUAGCCUUAAACUGUUAUAUAGCUAAGAAUAUAACUUGUGAACUGCCACAACAGAGUUUUUAUAAUGUUGGGUUUAAUAUUCCUUCGCAUGUCUAUUUGGCAGAUAAAAACUUUAAUAAAACUGGUGAAAUUUCUUUGUUAUUAGGGUGUGAUGUAUUUUUCCAGGUGCUUCAGAGGGAAUCACUGCCUCUAACGCCGCAAGGUCCCUACCUGGUUAAUACCAGCCUAGGUUAUAUUGUAGCAGGCAGCCUACCGGUAUCUGUUGGAAACAUCCAUUCUUCAAAUUUGUGUAUAACAGUUCAAGGUACCCCCCAUAAUAUUUCUUAUAAUUCUCAUAAUGAUCAUCUUGAUAGUAUUGAACAUACUAUUUCAAAUUUUUGGAAAUGUGAAAAAGUACCUGAAAUUUAUAAGGAAGGUAUUACUGAACAUCAUCUAGCUGAGGAAUGUUUUCAAAGCUCUGUCAAACUUGUUGAUGGAAAGUUUUGUGUAGAUUUACCUUUAAAACUUUAUUUAAACAAUAUCCAGAUGGGUAACUCAUUUAAUCAGGCAUUGCAUCGUUUUCAUAAUUCAGAAAGGCAUUUCGCUAAAGAUGAUAAGUUGUAUCAACAGUAUAAGAGGUUCAUUCAUGUUUAUCUUGAGCAAGGCCAUGCCAUGUACUUUGAUAUAUCUAACUAUGAUCCUAGGGCAGGUAAUGUGUAUUUCUUACCUCACCACCCAGUCAUUAAUUUAAAUAGUAAAACUACUCCGGUUCGAGCUGUCUUUGUCGCUAGCAUGAAAACCAAUAAUGGUAUUUGUCUAAAUGACAUUAUGCUUAAUGGACCUGUUGUGAAAAAUGAUUUAUUUGAUAUUUUGACACUAUUUAGGAGUUUUAAAUAUGUUUUACUGUGUGAUAUAAAGGCUAUGUAUAGGGGUAUAAUAGUGGGUAAAGACCAUUUCUGCUUGCAAAAUAUUCUUUGGCGAGAUUCUGCUGAUCAAAGUGUGCAAUGUCUUCAGUUGCAAACUGUAACAUAUGGUUUAAAGUUUGAUAAAACAAAUACUUUUGUGAAAACUUUAGGUUUGUCAUAUGAUGUGACUUCUGAUACUUUAAAUAUGAAGUGUCCAAGCGCUGAAAUACAAAAACCUUCUACUAAGAGACAAAUGUUAAGUUUUAUUAGCAAAUUUUUUGAUCCUUUGGGUUUGGUAGGUCCUAUUUUGGUGCAAGCUAAAUACUUAAUGCAACAAGUCUGGUUUGAAAAGUUAAAGUGGGAUGAUAUUCUCCCUGAUGCUUUAAAUAAAAAUUUCUUCAAUUUGUUGAAGGUUUGAUGAAUAUGUCUUGUAUAUCUGUUCCUAGAAAUAUCAAUGUAUAUCCACAUAAAAGGCUAGAGUUAGUUGGUUAUGCUGAUGCAUCUAAUAUUGCACAAGUGUGUAUUAUGUUUCAGAUUUAAGGCUAAGGCUUCCAGUCAACUUAUGGGUUCAUUACCACUUGACAGAGUCAAUAUUACACGUCCUUUUCAAAUUGUAGGCACUGAUUAUGCAGGUCCUUUCAAUGUUAAACAAACUAGAGUAAGAAAUCCUGUUAUUACCAAGGCUUAUGUUGUUAUUUUCAUAUGUUUUAUUACUAAAGCAAUUCACAUAGAAUUGGCGUCAGACAUGACAACUAAUACUUUCUUAGCUUGUUUAAAAAGGUUUAUAAGCCGUAGAAAUAAGCCUACAAAAAUAUAUUGUGAUAAUGCUAGUUAUUAUAGAGGUGCUGAUAAUGCACUCAAAGAUUUGCAUAAGCUACUGAAUUCCACAGAUCAUCAAAACAAAGUGUUUGAUUAUGGUUGUUCAGAGAGAAUGCAGUUUCAAUUUAUUCCUUCAUAUUCCCCUGUAUUUGGUGGCCUGUGGGAGGCAGGAGUAAAAAGUAUAAAAUAUCAUAUGAAACGUGUAAUUACUCAGAGUGUACUUACUUAUGAAGAGCUGUAUACAGUGUUAGUGCACAUAGAAAGUAUUUUAAAUUCUAGACCAUUAACUCCCAUGUCAAGAGAUUGUGAUGACAUGUCUUACCUGACACCUGCACAUUUCCUUACUGGCUCACCAUUGACUUCAUAUCCAGAGCUUAAUUUGACUGAUGUAAAUGUAGGAAGGCUUAGUUUUUGGAAACAAUGUUCUCAAAUGCAACAGCAUUUUUGGAAUCAAUGGCAUAAACAAUAUUUAGUUAUGUUGCAGAGCCGACCUAAAUGGAAAACUCAACUACCUAAUUUAGAAAUAGGCAAUAUGGUAUUGGUUAAGUCUGAUAAUGUAUCUCCAUUGAACUGGCCUGUAGGUAGAAUUGUAAAGGUCAUUCCAGGAAAAGAUGAUUUAGUUCGUGCAGUGGAGGUAAAAACUAGCAAAGGUCACAUUGUAAGAACAAGUGUUAUGAAAGUGUGUCCAUUACCUAUUGAUUAUAAUUAAUGUAUCUACCCUUUAUUUUUAAAGCAAGAAUUGCUCAUGGGUUUAGUUUAUCUUUAAUUUCUUUACUAAUCCAUUUGGGUAGUUAUUUUAAAUGUUUUAAUUUAAUUGUCAUACUGGCAAUGAUGAGGUUAGCUUGUGGCUGAGGCCCCAGCAUGUUCAUGACAUAUAAAACCUCAUUGGAGGAUGUAUUUUAUUUUUAUUUUUUCUUAAUUGUCAAGAACAAAAGAAUGACGAUUACUCUGUACACAUUUGUUUUCCUGUGAGCACGUUUAUAUAAUUUCUUCUACAAUAAAAGUUAUUUAUACCUAUUUACCACUUUGGAAAGCCUUUUUCUUUUAUGUUCCCAAAGACCACACCAGCGAGAUAUUGAAGAACUAA